AGAGCAGAGCACAGAGCGCAGCGACAGUCUGAGGCACCCACCGACGGAAGGGCGCAGUGUAGCGAGAGAGGCCGGAGACGCUCUCCAGGCAGAGAGAAAGCGGAGCCAGCGGCAUCUCCCCGCCGCUGCUCAGACGGGCCGGCGCCCUCCCCUUGUCCCUGCUCCCGUGCCGCGCAACGUGCCCCUCUGGCCAGCAUGAGGCUCCUGACCGCAGCUGUGCUCCUGCUGCUCCUGGCGCUGUGCGCCGCGGGCGUGGACGGAUCCAAAUGCAAAUGCUCCCGGAAGGGACCCAAGAUCCGCUACAGCGACGUGAAGAAGCUGGAGAUGAAGCCAAAGUACCCGCACUGCGAGGAGAAGAUGGUUAUCAUCACCACCAAAAGCGUGUCCAGGUACCGGGGUCAGGAGCACUGCCUGCACCCCAAGCUGCAGAGCACCAAGAGGUUCAUCAAGUGGUACAAUGCCUGGAAUGAGAAGCGCAGGGUCUACGAAGAAUAGGGUGAAAAACCCCAGAUGGGAAAGCGUCAUACCGAUUGGGAGACAGCAAAGGACUUUGCAGAUUAAAAAACAAACAAACAAAAAAACCCUUUCUUUCUCACAGGCAUAAGAUACAAAUUAUAUAUUGUUACAAAGCACUUUUUACCAAGGGUCAGUUUUUACAUUUUAUAGUUGUGUGCAAAAGGUUUCUAGAUGUGAGACCCAUCUCUCUUGCUUCCAGAUUCAUCACAGGCUGCUUUUUACUGAAAGGCUGGAAACUCAUGCCUUUCCUUUGCAAAAAAAUGCUUUUUUGUAUUUGUCCAGACAUCACUAUACAUCUGAGCUUUAUAAGCACCUAGGAGGAACAGGGAGCUUGGUUGAGGCAUUUCAUAGCAGCACUGCUCCAUUCCUAGAGCAGGAAGCUUCUGCUCAGAGGUCAUGGCUCCUUGGCACAGCUGGGCUCAUGGUCAGUCACACCCUCAGAGGGACCCCGCAGUGGACCCAGUGGCUGGGCAAGGAGAUCUCUCUGCAUCUGUUUUUAUGAACUCAAGUCUGACUGCCACAGAAAUGUGCUUCAUCCCCCUGGUUAAUUUUUAUACACUCUAGGAAACAUUUCCAAGAUCCUGGGAUGGCAAAGCAAAUGGUACUUAAGGAAGGGUUUGGGUCUUCUCUUCAAUCUGAGGGUUUGUGGAAGUUCAUUGCUUCAAUAGUUAAUGCUUGGGAAGCACAUGAAGUUCCUGACACUACUAGCAAAACCCUUAGGAGCAAACUUAAAAAUAUAUGAAUACACAACAGUAUACAGCUACAGACACAUUCUACUGAUGAGGGAGAACCUUCAAAGCAUAUUUCUUCCCCUCAUCACAAUGGACCAUGCAGUACUAAAGCAAUACAUCUGUGAUCCUCCUGUAAUUCUUCAGUGUUAAACAGUGCAGCCCUCUUUAGAAAGCUAAGAUGGCCAUGCGCCAUUUCCUUUGUAAAUAUACUCUUAAGAAUGCCCCUGCACACACUGUCCCUUCAGUGUAUGCCACAUGGUAAUGUUGUGUCGCAUACUGUGUAAAUGUCAGAAACCACUAAGGUUGCAUGCAGGUUUCAUAUUCUUUCUAAGACAAAAAGAACCGUAAUAAAAUAUAUUUGAAAUGUACCAAAA